CAGGCAGGGAGCCGCCCGUCUCACUCCUAGACUCCGGGUCCAUGGGUGAGGCACUUCGAAUAACCGCUAUUGAGACCAUGAGCGGCGACCCUGAGGGCGGCAGCGGCGACAUCAAGGUGGACAAUGACGAGUGGAACUGGCCCAGCCUGAGCCGGGCCCCCAGGGAGAGCCGGGAGGCAGGCCAGCCGGCCCCUGCCACCCCCAAGAAAGUCUCUUUCCAGGGGGCCGCUCAGGCAGGCUCUGGCUCCGGCUCGGGCUCGGGCCAGUCUGCAGAAGGUGCUUCCGCCGAGCAGUCCACCAGCUGUGACUCUGGUUCUGAGAUCGCUGCAGGCCAGGAGGUGGCCAAAGGCAGCUCCAAGGGCAAGGGCAAAGCUGGCUCUGGCGCCAAGGCUGGCCAGCGAAGCCCCAACCCCAAGUCCUCCAAAGGGAAGGGCGAGGAUCAGCAGGGAAUCCGCAAAGAUCUGGCCAAGAUCGAGCAGAAAGUGGAUAUCCUGCUCGAGAGGAUGGAUAAGUUCACCAGAGAGGCUGGUUUGCUGACAGAGGGGAACAAGGAGAAGCUGGAGAAAGCCGAGAAGCCGGAGAAGCUGGAGAAGUCCGGUAAAGGCGAGAAGCCUGGCAAGGUGGAGAAGUCCGAGAAGCUGCCCCUUUCUCAGCCACCAGUCCAGCAGCAGCCUCAGCACCAGGGUGGCAAGGGCCAGAAGAAGUUCAAGGGGGGUGCCAAGGCUGCUUCUGCUGAGGGUGCUGGUAGCAGCGGCAGCAGUGGCAGCGGUGGCAGUGCUGCCGGCAAGUCUGCUUAGAGGGAUCGAGCCUGGACCAGAGUGACGGCGCCGGAGCUGCAGCAGCAGAGCCCUCCAGCAUCUACAAGGGUGGGGGGCCCCCUCCCCAUGCCACCUGGGCCCUUGUCCUAGAGCCACGCUCACCUGGUCCCCUCUCCCAGCAUCCCCAGCUCAUGCUCCCAGUUGUCCCCAGUUCAGCUCUCUUGCAGGUGACCUCCUCUUUAGGGAGAACCCCCUGCAGGGGCUGCCCCCCUUCCCUAUAGCCCCCCUAGGAGGCUCCCACACCCCACCCCUCAGCAAAGCCUCCAAGUUGGGCUCCCUUAGCUCGCCUUGCUUUUCUCUGCAUAUUUAGCAAUAAAAAAGUUCUCUUGC